AUGGCCGAAAAUAGUUUAGAAAAUAUCUCCGCUUACCUAAAGGAGUCACUCAAUCCACAUCAUGCCAAACAGGCGGAAUCGCAUUUGAGAUCAAUUGAGUCUCAACCUCACUUCGCUAUAAACUUGCUUCACACGGUUGCCUCCACCAACUUGGAACCUGCUGUGAGACUUGCAGCUGCUCUUUUCUUGAAGAAUUUAGUCAAAAGGAAGUGGGUAAACGAAGAUGGAGAGUAUAUGUUGUUUAACGACGACGUUCAGUACGUGAAGCUGGAAAUCUUGAACGUUAUGAUCAAGCUCCCUAACAAUUUACAAGUCCAGCUAGGCGAGACCAUAUCGAUCAUUGCCGAGCUGGAUUUUCCACACAAUUGGGGAAAUCUCAUUGACGACCUUGUUGCGAAGUUGUCUCCAGAAGAUUUCGUCUUGAACAGAGGAAUUUUAAUAGUGGCACAUUCGAUCUUCAAAAAAUGGAGGCCCUUAUUCAGAUCCGACGAGUUGUUCUUGGAAAUCAAGAUGGUUUUGGACAAGUUCGCUGAACCAUUUAUGGCUCUUUUGACUAAAACAGAUGAGAACAUCACAGAAGCCGUGGCUCUGAAUAACUCUGCUUCCCUUAUCAUUUACUUGGAAUGCUUGUUGUUGCUUGUACAGAUCUACUAUGACUUAAACUGUCAGGAUAUUCCCGAGUUCUUCGAAGAUAACCUUAACACAGGCAUGGGUAUUCUUCAUAAGUACUUGGGAUUCCUGUCUAACUUGGUCGGUGAUGCCAGCGACGAUGAAGAUGUUGACGUGUUGAUCAAGGUGAAGACUGCUAUCAUUGAGUUAUUAUCUCUACACGUCACCAGAUACGCAGAGGAAUUCGAUCCCUUGAUUCCAAAUUUUAUCACAUCCGUUUGGGAACUAAUCAACACCUAUGUCACACAACAGCAAAAGUUUGAUCUUUUGGCAGUCAACGCAUUGUCGUUCUUGACGUCCAUUACAAAGAUCGUUAAGUACCAGUCCUAUUUCAACAAUGAACAGGCGAUCAACGAGAUCAUCGAGAAGAUUAUUCUUCCCAAUAUCGCUUUCAGAGAGGUUGACGAAGAAACCUUUGAGGACGAGCCAAUUUCCUUUGUGCGCUCUGAUUUGGAAGGUUCCGAUUUCGACUCCAGGAGAAAAUCUUCCACGGAUUUCUUGAGGGAGUUGAAGGAUGUCAACACAGAGCUCUUAACAGGCACAGUCAUGUCAUAUGUCAACAGAUUCUUGUCCCACGAUGACUGGAGGAACAGAGAUAUCGCCAUUUACUUAUUUACAUCAUUGGCUGCCAAGGGCUCCGUCACAAACAUCGGUGUCACUUCCACAAACAUGUUGGUGGAUGUUGUGAACUUCUUUACCGAUAACAUUGCAUCUUACUUGACUGGUGACGCCACGCCGAUUUUGAAAGUCGAUGCCAUCAAAUAUAUCAUGACCUUCAGAAAUCAGUUGACCAAAGAGCAACUCUUGACAACAAUCCCUCUUUUGGUUGAUCAUUUGAAGAACUCCAAUGUUGUUGUCUACACUUAUGCCGCUAUCACAAUCGACAAGCUCUUGGCCAUGACGAACUUCGCGGACUCCAAGCACACUCCAGUCUUCAACAAGCUGGAUAUUCAACCUUUCGUCAAUGACUUGUUGAGCAACCUAUUUACCCUCAUCCUUUCAAACACAGCACCUGAGAAGCUUUCCGAAAACGAAUUCUUGAUUAAAACUGUUAUGAAGGUGUUGAGUACAGCGGAAGAUGUCAUUGAGGAGAGUUUCAAGUUGACUAUUAUUGAGCAGCUCUUGAAGAUUUUGGGUAUCAUCGCUAAAAAUCCCGCCAACCCAAGAUUCACGCAUUAUAUCUUCGAGAGUUUGGGUCUCUUGAUAAAAUUCGGCGCAGACAAAGAUGACUCCAAAAUCAAAAAAUACAGCUCCCUUAUCAUGCCUUCUUUGCUAGAGAUUCUCGGCGAAGACGUGCAAGAAUUUGUGCCCUACACAUUCCAGAUUUUGGCUUUUCUUCUCGAAAACUUCCUGAAGGCAUCCCCUAUUCCAGAUGAGUACAAGACUCUUGUCAAGCCUCUUUUGUCUCCUGCUGUCUGGGAAUACCGUGGUAAUGUUCCAGGUAUCACGAGGUUGCUUGUCGCCAUCAUGGCUCAUAAUUUCUCUGUCAUUGCAUCAACCUCCCAAGAACUUGUUCCGUUGCUCGGUGUCUUCCAGAAACUUAUUGCCUCAAGAGCAAAUGAUACUUACGGCUUUGACUUGUUGCAAGGAAUCUUUUUGUACUUCCCGCUUGAUUUGGUCUCCGUCCAUUUGAACCAGAUCUCGGUACUUCUUUUGACCAGAUUGAAGACCUCGAGAACCGAAAAGUAUAUCAAAAAGUUUGUAAUCUUUUUGAUGUCCUUGUGCUGUGUGCCAUUGAAUGAUACACUCAACGCCAAGACUCAGAGUCAGAUCAACGCGGGCUUUGCCAUUAACCUCAUAGAAUCAGUCCAGCAAGGAGUGUUCCAACAGAUCACCAACAGUUUCAUUUUGCCAACGACCGAGGAAUUUGCAAACUUACAAGACAAGAAGAUCGCCGCAUUGGGAUUGUCUCAGUUGAUUGUUUCCGAGCAGUUCACCCAAGGUUCGUGCAAAGCCUUGCUCCAGCCUACGGUUGAACAGCUCUGUAAGAACUUGACACUCUUGUCAGGUAUUGCAAAAGGAAACAACGUUGCAGAGAACACCAUCACAGGUGGUCCUAACGCCACUAGUGUGGCUAUUAAUGAGGUUGAUCUUGAGAGCGCAGCCUACGGUUCCAACUUUUCCAAGAUAAUCUCAAUUCUGUUGAAGCCAUUCGAUCCAGUGCCUCAUGUGCAAAACGAGGACUUCAAACAGAUUCGCUACAUUGCUGUGGCAAACAUCAAGCGUAUUGGAGAAAUGGGUGCAUUGAAUCAACUCAGCGAGUCCGCUCAAGCUGUAGUGGCUAGCACAAAUUGA